AGGUUAUAAAUAAAAAAAGGCCCAAUUUAUUUUAGUUUCGAGAUUUUUUGUAUAACAUUUGAAGGUCCUUCAUUCUAUAUAAAUGGGGUACCUUUUUUUAAACAAGCUUUUUUCUUCUUUUACCUUUUUUUAUCAUCCCUUAAAAUGAAGUUCUCUAUCACAGCCAUUUCAGCACUUGUUUUAGCUACUGCUGUUUCAUACACCACUGCUGAUUCUUACUCUGAUGCUAUGAAGUCUUGGUGUGGUGGUCUUGCUGUCACUGCCCCUAAAACUUCUACUGUUGUUGUUGCUGGUGCAAAGACCAAGAUUACAGUUACUAGAAAGGCUGACAAACGUACAAAGACAAUUACUGGCCUCGAUUUGUACUCUGUAUCAAAAGAUGGUAAAGCCAAAUAUGUUCAGAAUGUCUGGACUGGUAACUACGCUUUAAAGACAUCUGCUACCAUCACUGAUGCUGUUCCCAAGAACGUUGCCGCUGGUCUUUACUAUUAUCGUGUCUGGAUUACCAAUUUGGUUGAUGGCCAACAUGGCCCCGAUUGUAUUGAAACUUCUAGCACUUUCAAGGUCACCACUGGAAGCCACACUAAUGCAGUUGGUGAACUUGAAUAUGCUGAAUCCCUUCAUGAUAACAGCAUUUAUAACGAAGAGUUCCAAGCUGGUUGUUUCGGCUUAUCUGUUGACUAUCCUAAACAAGGCGACACAUUCAAGACUAACCAACAUAUCCGUAUCCAAGCCAACCGUGACAGUUCUUCUCAAACCGAUGCAUUAACCAAGGUUGAACUUUAUAAGGGUGACGAAUUAGUCAACGUUGCUUGGUCCGGCAGUGAAUCAUUCCAAAAUACUUUCACCUUGAAGGAUCAUUUAGUCUUGAACGAUAUUGAUACCUCUGCUGAUUAUCAUUACAAGAUCCAUGCCACUUCAAACAAGGCUGAUAAGACUUGUGUCUUCAAUUCAAAGAGCUUCAAGAUUUCCAACUAAAUUUUUUUUUUCUCUUAAAAAACUUUUUAUUAUUCCCCUUUUCUAAAAAUAAAAAUAUCUAAGUAAAAUUGUUUUUAUAUCUCUCCU